AUUUUUAGUUUGAUACGACACAGCUUCCAAAAGGUUUUAUAAACUAGUUCUACUUUAUAUAUAGGUAUUACUGUAAGGACAAAGUUGGUGGGUAAGUUCCUAAAUAGUAACAAUGUUCGAUAUAUUUAAAGCUUAAAGUUUUCAGAAUCUUAUACACUAUUAUAUCGUACGUGAGCGGCAUGUCAUAUUCAUAUCAGCACGGAUUAUGAAUAUAUUUUUAUUUUAUAAUCACUGCAACGUACAGUGCAUAUAAACAGUUUAAACAGUUGAAUUGUUAGUUUUAUCGAGCAAGAGCCUAAAGUCUUCGUAUCAUAUAAACACGCAAUCAAAUGCUUGAUUAUGCUUCCUUUGUACAGCUCUUGUAUUAAACUUACUGUUCAAAUUUUAUUUAAAUUUGACACAUACAGUAAAUACAAAUAUGUGCUUAUGCUUGUGUCGUUGCGCAACCGUGUUGCGUCGUAGUGAGAACUAUGCUUUAACAUGUCCGCGCACAUACCAGCGGACUAUUGACUUAUAUGUAACAAAGUUAUACAGUCUGCAAUUACUGCUGCUCAUCAUCCCCAAAUGGAGAGAUGACAGCAAGCUUUGCUGUUAGAUUUUUGUUGGUUUGGUGGCAUGCUGUCAUAAGGCCCUGCAGAUAAUUUCCAAUGGAUUGACAUAAUAAAUUCUUUCCAUGUCCACCAAGAAUUGUUUCAUGAUUUCAUCCAUAUUUUAUACACAAGACUACAGGCUGGUCGGUUGGCAGCUUGUCAAUUUCCAAUGGAUUGACAUAAUAAAUUCUUUCCAUGUCCACCAAGAAUUGUUUCAUGAUUUCAUCCAUAUUUUAUACACAAGACUACAGGCUGGUCGGUUGGCAGCUUGUCGGCCAUGACAGGCAAUAUAUAAUAUAAAGAUAUUUGGCAGUUAUAUUAAGUCAAACAAAUACAUUGAAAAUAUACAGGGUAGGUGAACCAGACCAAGUAAUUGCUUUUAAAAUUAUGAAAUAUCCAUCUGGUUUGAAGGUAUAGGACUUGGUGAUUAAACCUCUCAGUAAUUAUCCUAUAUUAAGUCAAUCCCCCACCAAUAAUUUGUAACAGUGCACCUGUUUCUUCCUUUAAGCACCAACUUCACAUUUUUAAUAUUACUCUUCUCACUCUUCAAAAAUUGACACUACCUUCAUUGAAUUAACAGAAUGUGUACUUGUUACUUUAAAUGUUGUUCUUUAAAUGUUGUUCCUAUAAUUUAAGCUGUUGUAUUGUCCUUGGCACCUGGCCAUUAAAUUCUGUCUUUUCCAUGUUCUGAACAAACGUUAGUCUGGUUUGUCUUGAUUUCAAUAUAUGUAGAUGACUCCCUUAGGUAAUUAAACUCGUGAGAUGCUCAGUUCUCCAUUGAUUUGUAAACUGGCCUAAAAGCCGUUUGUGGUACUUCUGUCGUCAAGUAAGGGAUUGAUUUGUACUAGCUGAUUACUUCGAACUGCCUGGCAUUGAUGUUGUAGCGAUAAUUGCGACCAUAGAUCAAAGCAGCUGGCGUUAAUGGGUAAGAAAUUCGGUCUUCAUAUGACGUCAUGUGCCGAUUGUUCAAUGUAGCCUCAAUUUCAAUCAAGAUUGUGGGCAGCGCAUUUCUUCAUAUGAUGCUCGACCAACAGCUUUCUUAAGAUAGCGCUUUACACAUUUCACCAUUCGCUCCCAGAAGCCUCCUUGCUAUGGAGCCUUCUCCACGAUAAAAUGCCACUAUUGCCACAUGAAUGACAUGAUUCCUUUAUUAGCAAAAUAUCGCUAAACUUUGUGUUGUCUGAUAAUAACUUCGUCGGUAUAAUCCCCUUCGUCAGUAAUUCUCGUGCUGUAAAACGCCGAAAUGAUUGUAACUAUAAAUGUAAGAAUGCAGCCACCUAUAAACUGGGCACAAGCUCUUAGUGCAGAGCUCUCGUCGAUGUGCACGUAUAAGGGCACACGUAAGCCUUUUCUAACUCUCGUUCUUUUUCGUCUUCCAAGUCGAUCUUUAAAUAAAGUGGUCCCGCAAAAUCCAUACCUUAUUAGCAAAAGGUGGAUCAUCACUUACUAAUUACUUGGAGCAAGUUGGAGGUAGGGUGGCAAUGUUUGUAGUACCGUAUGAUUUCCCUUCGUGUUUCCUGUAUAACACACUUCCAAUCCCACGUUUCACUGCCUACCGCGCGGAAUCCAAUACACGUCACGACUGCAGUUUAAUGUCUCUUUGACUCCGUUAUGAUGCGCACUACUUUAUGACAAUCAUGAAUUACAAGGUCUGCAUGUGUGAUGAUGUCUUGUCGGAAGAACUAUUGGCUGGUUUGCUGCGACGGUAAUGAUGAGUGUUCAAUUCUACCUGGACAUCGAAUUAUACCUCCUUCGUCUAGGAAUACAUCCAUGCAGUUGUCUUGCCAAUAAAGUUGCUUUCUUCGAAACUCCCAGGAGAUCGACCCUUUCUUCUUCGAAGCUGUUUGCCUGUAUUACAUUCAAGCGAAGGUUUUCAACUGCUCGUAAUUCAUCAGCAGUAAUAAUAUUUGAAGUCGAUUCCUGUUGUUUUCUGACUUUGCCGAUGAAUCUCUUUACUUAACGCCGUUACUCGUAGAAGCUUCGAUUUAGUACUGUUACCGUUUACAAUGCAUAAUCGCUUUGAUAUAGCCAUUUUGCUUGUACCAUUAGCUAUCGAAGAAAGAAUAUUACAUGCAAUUAAUACAGAUUAUCUGUCUAGAAGACCAUUUUUACAAUUUCCCGUUUUGGAUUUUAAUUUUUACAAUAGUUAUUUUUCUAGUUGGACGAAGUGUUUUAAUUACGAGACUAUAAAUGUAACCAUUCUAUUAUUAAAUUUUCUUUCAUGUUUAGAAAAUGUACAGUAAACAGUAUGGGAAGUUUUUCAAUUAUCAACAUUUUACUACCAUUGGUAUAUUGAUUGUCGUAACCGUACUGAUCACAUGUUGUCAUGCAUGUCCUUCAAGACGGAGAACUUCUCCACCAACGCCGACAAAAAGUAAGGACUACUUGUAAACUCCACCUGGCAACAAUUUUCCACAGGAAAUUUUAUUCCAUUUAUAUAGACUUAGGAGUCAAGGAUCGAUAUGUCUGUUUGUUGUAGUUUUGUAGACAGUCAGUCAAUGAAAAUAAUAUGAAAAUCAAUGAAAUGAAUAUAACUGGAACCGUUACGCUACCUUCAGAUAAAGUCGCCCAUGUUUGCCUGGGAGUCAAGAUAUGCGUGUUUAUGUCUCGCGAUUCUCUCGCGAGACGAGACCAGUUCAAGGAGCGAACAUGUCUUUUAAUUGUGUAUGCAUCAAAGCUGACAAUAUUAAAAGGUGGGAAAAUUGUUUGAGCAUGCGCGAAAACUGCGCGUGUUUUAACGGCGAAAACUGCGCGUUUUUCUACGGGCGAAAACUGCGCGUGUUUUCUACGGGGCACUGAUAUAUGUCUUUCCACUUGGUUGACCUUAAGAACAAAAACAUGUCAUGGACCAAGCCUUUAGCCUUCAAAACCCAUGCGACUGUUUGAGCCCACAAAUCAUGAUUCAUUCGAUAUUAGCCCAUGGUUCAUUCGAUAUUAGCCCAUAACCAUGCCUUGGGCGCGGCGCCGAUCAAAAUAUUCAGUAUUUUAUUUUAUAUGCAAUUAAGUUUUAUAUAUAUUUAAUUUAUAACUGUUAAACAUUUGAGAAUUCGUUUCAGAUUUCCUGUUGGAGGUGGCGUUAAGUGGCGUAACGCUCAUUGGGUUGGGUUAGUUCAAAAACUAAAGGCUACCGACAGUUAGGGGCCCCAUCAGACCUAUCGCCUGGAAAAUUAGAAAACAUAAAAAAUGCAGGUUAAGAAUCAAUGGGAAAAUGCAAAAUUAAAGGGGAAGUCAAGUCCGUAAUGUAAACAAACGGUUUGUUUACAUUUUGAACUGCUGUAUUUUUUAAAAUAUGAUGUACUGUCUGAAUAUCUAACACCAUUUUGGUUCGUUAUGCUUCUACAUGAAUCUGAAAUAGAGUUUGUGUUCAGAAAAAUUCGAAACAUUCAAAAUUUGGGCAAUGUUUACCUCAGAGGGCCCUCUAUUGUUAUGCGCAGAACCGAUGCGCAGAACGGACUUGACUUCCCCUUUAAUAACCUUAAAUAAUAAAGCCUCCAUCGACAAGGGUAGCUGAUUUUUAUUGCAUCUCAAAUGGACCGAUGGCGCAGGCGACAGUAGACAAACAACAACAACGGUUUGGUUUUCUUAUUAUUAAAUUAUACAAACACGAAAUUUGCAUAAAAUAUGUAUAUAAUCUGAAGCUAUAAGAUAAAAAUAGAAAGAAAAUUACGAUAAUGUUUACAAAUAUAAAUGCAUUAUUUUACGUUACAAAUACACGUCUUUGCACUUACAUUUGUCCAAACCAGUGAUAAACUUUAGAAACAUAAACCCAACUUAACUUUUCCCGGUUCAAAACAUUAAUUUUUAGCGUUUCUUUAGACUACUUUUAUACAUACUUUUAACGUUCAACAUGGCUUCCUUUUCGCGCGCUUUUUCUCAGUUCAUCGCGGGCGACAAUAAAUAUUCUACGUACGUCAUGUUAUUUUAGUCAAAUCAACGUAACAUUCCCCCCGGCAAUGGGAGAAUUCCUAUUUCUUCCUUCAUUCGUCUUCGUAGCCUUCAACUGGGUAUAUAACCGCAAUCUUGCUUAUAGGACGUGAAUAAGUACCUUUCGUUGUCUUCACCAUCACAUUUCUUACCAAUCCAUCUUGUCCCGGAAAGACUUGGACAAUUCUUCCAGUUUCCCAUUUACCUCGUAGUGCGUUUGGAUCCGUCAAUACUACGCAGUCAUUCACUUUAACGUUUCGCGAUUCGGCAUUCCAUUUUUUUCUUGGAACCAGUUGUGGUAGUACGUCUCUCGACCACUUUUUCCAGAAGGCUUCGACAAUUCGUUGACAAAAUUCAAAUCUAUGACGUGGGUUUUCUGUCUGUCGGAAUGGACCUUGAGGGAUUGUACUGGUUGCUCUACCAAGUAGGAUAUCGUUAGGGCACAAGUAGGAACCAUCGUCGGGGUCCGUUGGAAUGCGACCGAUGGGUCUUUGGUUAACUAAAUUGGUAAUCUCUAACAGACAGGUGUAUAGCUCGAACGGUGCAACAACUGCAUCACUUAUAGCUCUCUUGAAGGCUGUUUUGAUAGUCUUAACCAUAGCUUCCGUGGCACCAUUCUGAUGAGGAGCAAGGGUAGUAAAUUGCCAUUUUAUGCUGCGUUCUGCACAGAAUUCUUUCAACUGCUUUACAUUCCAUCCUUUGAUCAUCAGGCGUAAUUCGUUUUCAGCUCCUACCAUUUGAGUGCCAUUAUCGGACAGGAUGAACUUAGGAUAACCUCGAUAAGAGAAGAAUUGUCGUAAUACUUGCAUAAGUUCCAUAGCACUAGCAUCAACAGCAAGUUCACAGUGGAUAGCUCGGGUAUUGAGACAGGUGAAUACAACACCGUAAUGUUUACAUGUCUUGUUUCGACCGACUUUCACUUUCAAUGGGCCGAAAUAAUCCAAUGACGAGUAGAGGAAUGGUGGCGUGUGUGGCUGUAGACGAAACUUUGGCAAAUUCGCCAUCAACUGCGUUUCCACUUUCGCUUCGAUUUCGCGGCAAACUGUGCAACGACUCUUGAUGACCUUCACAAUUCUGUGGGCUUUGAUGAUCCAAUACUUCUUUCUGGUUUUGGCGACCGUGGCUGCGACACCGUUAUGACCAACUUGAUGACAUCACGUAUGAUGACCUUCGAUAUGUGACUAUUAUAGGGCAAUAACACUGGUCGUUCAUUAUCGUAGGAAACAAGUGACGAGUCUACGCGUCCUCCAACUCGAAUUAACUUCUUGUUAUCGACGUAAGGCGAGAGUGUUUUGAAAUCUCCUUUCUUCAUUCUUUGAAAGAGGCUUGAUUGCGCCUGUUUGAGACAGUAUUCUUCUGCGGCUUGGAGCUCUUCACCAGUUAAGGGUCCCAAUUCCGGUUGAGUGUUCUCGUCGUUACGCUUCGCAAGUAAAUUAUGGCAGAAUCUCUGGAUAUAGGCAGUAACUCUAACAAUUCGUUUCCACUUGGCAUAGCGUUGACAAUCAAAUAUUGGAUGUGCGACGGUUACAGGGCAGGUGACGGUAACUUUUCUUCUCUCUUUGUUAACUUCUUGCGCGUCCGGCAUACCCAUUUCCAUUGGCCAUUGUUCCUCUGGCAGUGCUAAGAAAGACGGACCGUUAAACCAUCUACCGUUGAGCUAUUUCGGUGUGAUACCUUUAGUCAAGUCAUCAGCAACAUUUUCAGCGGUGGGACAAUGAUACCAAUCUGCGGGAUUAGAAUUCGACUGGAUUUCGCUGACUCGGCACGACACAAAUGGUUUGUAGGAACGUGGCAUUCCUUGGAUCCAGGCUAACGUUACUCGGCUGUCAGAGAAGAACAUUGUUCUUAGAAUUUUCAGUCUCGUUUCCUCUUGAAUUGACUUCGCUAGGCGACUCGCUAGUACGGCUGCUUGCAACUCCAGACGAGGGAUCGUUAACUCCUUUGAGGGCGCAACUCGAGACUUUGCUGCUACAAACCGAACUCCAAAUUUUCCAUCUGUCAAUUCCCAUCUAACAUAGGUACACGCUCCAAAGGCCUUUCGGAAUGCAUCACAGAAUGUGAUCAGAUCUGGAUUAAGUAUUGCACCUGCUGGAGUGAGGCAUCGUUGAAAUUGAACGUUGUUUUAACAAACGUUCUUUAACACUUAAAAGUGCAGCCAUUUCAUUAAACAACAAUGUCCAUUUUUUCUUGAGAUCAGAUGGUAUAUCUUCAUCCCAACUUAGACCGUGCUGCCAAAGCUCUUGCAUACCGAUCUUCGCUUUCACCAAAGUGGCUGCUCCGGCUCCGAUGGGAUAAAAAAUGCCAGCUAACUUGCUGAGGAUAAUUCGUUUUGUCAUUUUGGACGGCUUUGUAGUAGACAUAGGCGUUGCUUCAUUAGAUAAUUCAUUGGAAUACUCGAUCUUUACUGCAAACGAGAACUGAUCUUGCUUUGGAUGCCAAACCGUUCCAAGAAUCCUUUGCAUAUUGCUUUCUUCAUUUGCUCCGAAUACUACUUUAUCUCUGCUUUCUUUAUCAGUCAAUGGUGCGUUGGAUAUCCACUCUUUUAUGUGAAAACCACCAGCAUCGAGAACUUCGUUGAUAUUCGAAUAUCGAAUAUGACUUCAUUGAUAUUUGAGCACCACUAUUGUAGAAAACAUUUGCAGCUUUUGUUCCAUUCUUUCCUUUCACUUGACCGAGAAGCACUGGAAGCAAAGCACCACUACCAACAUCAUGGAUAAAACCGAUGUGGGGAGGUUUUGGGGUCACAUUUGCAUCGACAUGGAGGGGCUUGUGAUGAGGCUUAUUGCAGACACCACCAGAUUGUAGUUUCUCUCCGCAUUCUUUCUUUCGUGAGCAGUUUGCAACUGUGUGGCCUUUGCCUCUCUUCAAACAGGAAAAGCAUGCUCGUUGUUCUUUCACUAUUUUCCAUCUUUCAUUUGGCGUCAUAUCACGGAAUCUUUGGCAUUCGUCUAUAUAGUGUUGACCUUGACAUACAUAACAUUGCUUCGAUUUUAAUCUUCUCCAUGCUUUCCAUCAUCAUUUUCAGUCUUGGAGCCAAAUGUGUUGACCCUGUGUUGUCGGACAUUCUUGCGAAUUUGGGCCCCAGAGCGCAUUCGGGCAGUCAUUUCUGCUUCCAUCCAAGACAGAAGGUUAUCCAUUGAUGGUUCACACUUUUGAGAAUUAAGAUAGCGCGCCCACACCCUCAGGUCGUCUUCGCUCAUUUUUCUUUCUAUCAGGGAGAUCACAUGCGUAUUAUCUAUGUCCUGGGGGCGCUUAAUUUCUUUCAAGAUGUUGGAAGACCGUCUCACUAAAUUUACUAAUUGGCAGAAUCGAUUAUCUUCUCCAGGUUGAAUACUUCUGAAUCUUUCUAGAUCUAGGGUAAUCGUGUCUGAUACAAUUCUGGGGUCACCAUAGUUUUGGUCUAGGUACUUCCAUGCAGCAUUUAAAUCAGAGCUUAUUCCUUCGAUUAAUUUGGCAGGCUCAGAACUUAAACAUGAACGUAGCACUGUCAAUUUAUCUCUUUCGGAAUAUUGUGCUUCGACAGCGUGUUUAAAAUCCGACUUAAAUAUGAAAUAUUGUCGAACAUCACCAGUAAACACAGGUAAUUUGGCUUUUUUAUGCUUAACAGUAAAGGGCUUGGCUGAACUCGGACUAUGGUGCAUCAUUUCAGGGUUUUGCAUUGUGCUUGGGUGAUUGUUCUCAUUAGAACCAGUAGACUGUUCGAUCAUAUUGUUAUUUCCUUGACUAUCAUUACUUUCCUCAUUGUUCUCUUCACUCGAUUCACCAACGACACUGUCACUGACAUUCUGUUUACUUUUAUCCUCAUCUAUUUUCUUAAUAUAAUCAGGAUAACGCAUAGUAAAGGCUACGUACUCACUUGCACAGACUUGCAUCCAUUUUUCAGCUUCUUCGAACUCUUCAUCAUCUAAUAACAUAGUAAAUUCUUCAUGCUUCAUCACUAAUCCUUCAUGAGCCCUUCGCAACUCUUCAAAUGCUUGUUUUACUUCACUUUUUGAACGACUUGCUUCAAUCAGUUCAUUUGUAACAUUCAUCGCUCUCGUCAGAGAACCUUUUGCACCACGGCGUGCAUUCUUAGCUUUAUUCUUGAUCUCUUUAUCCAUUUUACUUCAAAGACAAAGUUCAGUACAUAGCACCAUCAGCAAACAUAUAAAAUCUUCAGAUAAUGGACCGAUGGCGCAGGCGACAGUAGACAAACAACAACAAUGGUUUACAAACACGAAAUUUGCAUAAAAUAUGUAUAUAAUCUGAAGCUAUAAGAUAAAGAAUAGAAAGAAAAUUACGAUUAUAUUUACAAAUAUAAAUGCAUUAUUUUACAUUACAAAUACACGUCUUUGCACUUACAUUUGUCCAAACCAGUGAUAAACUUUAAAAACAUAAACCCAACUUGACUUUUCCCGGUUCAAAACAUUAAUUUUUAGCGUUUCUUUAGACCACUUUUAUACAUAUUUUUAACGUUCUGGCUUCCUUUUCGCGCGCUUUUUCUCAGUUCAUCGCGGGCGACAAUAAAUAUUCUACGUACGUCAUGUUAUUUUAGUCAAAUCAACGUAACAUCAAAUAAAACAAAAGUUGUUCUUAUUAGUUGUUACAUGCGUUGGAGACUGUUAUUGUUAUAGACAUGGAAUUUUCCAGAACAUUCUAUAAAUAUUCAAUACAAAUAUAAUAUCCCAAUCAAACAAUGACAACAGUCAACAGAGUCACCCACACCAAAUGUGCCUAAGGGCCCCUUCUCACUCCAUUACGCCACUGGUGGCGUUCCAGUUAUAUUCAGUUCACUGAUCUAAAUUUAGUCUGCUUCGGGUUUGCUUUCUUUUUUCAAUGUACAAUCUACAACAAAUUGUAUGACAUGAUACAAUAAGAAUGUUUAGUGUUUUGCGUGUGAGAAGUCGCCCUAUGUGAGGGAAUAAAGCGGCGAAGUUGGAUUUCGGAUCCCGGACCCUUGGAUUCGGGAUUCCGGAUCCCGACUCGUAGAUUUCGGAUUCCAUCCUGAUAAAAGUCAAUGGAUUUCUUUAACUAUAGAUUUAUCUGGAUUUAUCCUAUUAUGUGGAUUCCUGAUUCCAUGAUCUCGAUUCCAGAUUCCAGAGCAUAAAGUUGGAUGCCGGAUUCCUUUUCACAGGGCGAGAGAAAAAUUAUUGUAGAAUCACAAUAACCCAAAUAUAUUUCUCGAAGAGUUAUAAAUCUCCAUUUAAUAUUAGUAUUACUAUCUGUAUCUGUUGCUACUAUACGAUAUCGUUGAACAAAAUAAUAAAAGCUUGCAUGUGAAUAUUUUUUGCAGAACCUGAAACUCAAGCACCACCAAAAGCGACGACUGUUAAUCCAACUGUUAAUCCAACUGUUAAUCCAACUGUUAAUCCAUCUGGGAGUGCACCUAGUUCUCCUCCAUCUGGGAGUGCAACUAGUUCUCCAUCUGAGGGUCCAUCUAGUUUUCCAUCUGGCACUAGUCAACCUGGUGAAAUUGAUAAUUACUGUUUUUCAACGACGUUUGAAAACAUCACAAGUGAUAUUAUUUCAACAAAACUGGAAGAAUUGGGUAAGUAAAUAGAUAAUCUAGUAUACAAUUAUCCUAAUCCUAUAAUCUGUUUACUAUCCUACGGGCUAAAGAUGAUUUAUGGCGUAAAAGGCCGGAGAAACAACGUAUUACCUCAAAGGCUGGGAAAGAAAAUCAUGCAUCAAGAAAAAGAUGUUUCAGCAGGGUAACAAUAUUUCCAUUACAUGUACACAGACGCAAAGGAAACUUUAAAAUCCCUUUCCAAAUUAGGCUCCUGAAUAUUGACUGGAAAUCUUUCAGCGUUGAUUAUCCGAUAAGGAUCUCGGCCAUAGCAAUCGGUUGUGUUGUGUGUGUGUGAGGAGGAGGGAGGAGGGGGUAACACCCCUAAUAUUUGGUUUAUGAGUAAUUUAAGUUAAAAUCGUCAUAAGUGAACGCAAGCUAAGAAUGCCAUAUUUUAGUUUCAAUCCCUGGCUCUCUGUCUAAAUAUUUAUUUUCAUCAGGGUAGCUCUCAAUUCCCCCCCCAGGAAAUUUAGUCUUGUAUCCCAUUGUGCUAAUAUACUUUUUUUUUAAAGAAACAGCUGCUACUUGAAUGUACUCAUGAAAAAGCACUGUAAAUUUCAAACACUGCUGCUAUACCAUUACACCCUCCCAACAACGAAGUCUUCACUACGUCCCUGAUAAGGAUAGAUGUAGUUUUGCAAAAUCUUAGAUAAUUUUUCUUUUGUUUCGUUUUAGGAGGUACUCUCAGUAGAUUGUUUGAUAAAGGUAUUGAUAAACAAGAUGUGUUCCUAAAAGGGAUGAAACCAAAUGAUACUAGUUGUUCAAAUAUUCAAGGAUAUAUGAUUGAAAUAACACGUACUGGAGAGAACUAUACAAAUGACAUAAAAGAGCUGAAUCAAAGCACAGCCGAAAAAAGUUGUCGUCACGCUCAAAACUGCUGGCCGUUCUCAGGUAUAUUUAUGACAAUUUUACUCCAAUUUUUCUGUUAAUUAAACUGAGUAUCCAAACCUCCGUAUUUACCAUAAAAUGCCCAACAUGAUCCCAAUAAACUGCUGUUAUAUAUAAGUUAUUUGUUUGUCGCCCCCUGUCAUUCAUGCAGUCAUUGUAAUUGUACUUCUUAGACUCCAUACAUUAAUUGCUUCAUUCCAGUGCCGGAUCAACCAUAUGGCAGAAGCGGCAUAUGCCGCGGGCCCCGCGCUUUUGGGGGCCCCGCGCUUACUCUCUUCUACUUUGCCCCGAUUUUUUUGUUCACUGUUUCAUCGCGGGGUCCCAACAGUGUUCCAGUGCGGGACUCCAAAGGGCCCAAGUCCCCCAGAAAACGCGAGGCCUCAAAAUUUAAAAAUCGAGACGCCAAAGAGCGGGGCCCCAAACGGUUUUUCUUCCCUGUUUCAGCGCGGGAUCCAAACAGCGCGGGGCCGCAUAGACUCCAAGGCCCCCAAAAGCGUAGCUCCAAAAUAAAGAACCGUGAGGCCCCAAAGUUUAAAAAGCAAGGCUCCAAAAAACGUCUUUGGGCAAGGGGCUCCAAAAAGCGAGGCCAAAAAAAUCAUAGGGGUCAGAAAAUUUCAAAAUUUGCAGUUGAAACUGUUCAAUGCCAAAAGAUUGCUGAAUAUCCCCUGUAAAUAAUAAUAAUGUUAAUGGUAUAAACUGGGUUGAAUUUCAGUUCGAUCAAAUUAUUAAUCUAUAAUUCUUUCUUUUGUAAAUAUACAGGGAACUUUUCAACGCCCGAAAUACAAAAUGAUAUUUUUUAAUCUUACUGAAUUUAGUGUCUAAAAUACCGUUGGGGGGGGGGGUGUCAAGGGCCCCGCGGAACGUUAAUCCGGCCCUGCUUCAUUCAUAUAGUAUUCGCCACCAUACUGAUAUAAUCUUGAGCGGUCUGUGCCAGUGUAGGUAGUUCCAAUAAUAAGAAAGUUGCGGAUGAAUAUGGAUACAACUACCUGAAAAAUACAAGGAGAACUUCUCCUUGGUUGUUGUAUCCCUAUCAUGCAUCCGAAGCUUUCUUAUUAGGGACCUUAAGCAAACAGGACGGCAACGCGACGACGACGGCUAUUCGCACAAUGGUAUUCCUGAUCUCGUACAAAAGAAAUGAAUAAUUAAAAGCCCCACGGGAGUUAGAGACGUUGUUGUUGGAGCUUUUUACAACGGCAAACCAGAGAUUUUCACGUCUCGUGUACAACGCAAACAUGUCAAGACGCGACAAGUGAAACUAUAAAUUUGCUCAACAGACGCGUUUUUAACCAUAAAACCUUUGUUUUGAUCUCUUCAAACUGAACUCAAUUCAUAUAUACAUGCAGUGGAUAAUACACAACAACUCUUCUUCGCAAUAAUUUAUUUGAAGAUGUUUGUUUUGGCUGUCGUCGUCGCGUUGCCGUCGUACAUGCUUAAGGUCCCUAUUCAUAACUACAACUGCAACUUCUAAGAUAAUAAAACCGAAUACUACAGAAACAAGCUCUAUUCAACCAAAUGGAAACACAUCGAAGCGGCCUACGAAAGGAACCAGUACUGAAGAAGGUGAAGGAACCAGCACUGAAGAAGGUGAUGGAACCAGCACUGAACAAGGUAAAGGAACUAAUGCCGCGAGAAAGUCAGAUAAUGAUGGAGUCUCAUCUACUACUAUCAUUGUACCUGUUAUACUGGUGGUUAUGCUGGUGAUUGUUGUAAUCAUCUUGGUAUUUUGGUUUAAACGAAGAUCUACAAGUAAGUACGUUCAUUUUUUAUAAAGAACUGGUGUAAGUCUUGUUUCCGAGUGGUUAUACAAGAAUAUUAAACAUUACGUAAUUAGUAUAGUAAUUAGUUUAUCAUGUUUGGAUGCUGCUGACCGAACGAGUUUGUAAUCGUGCAAGAAAAACCUUAAAAGUGUUGAUCUGCACGAUAAGCAAAAAAUUAAUGUUUUAUUUUUUUAUAUCCGUAAAUGCGUAAUUUUCAACCGUUUGUGUUUAAUAAGAAUCCGUUGUUUCAAUUCUCUUUCGUUCCUCAGGCGCCAAACUGCAGUGGAACAAGUUAAUUAAGUUAAUUAAGUUAACAAGUUAAUUAAGUUGUCUUAGAGACUGAAGUGUUUGCAAAUAUUUAGUGAAAGUACAGGAAAGGCGUGCACGAUAGCUUUAAUAUGUAGAGGCACGGGAUAACGUUUUCAUGCUCAUACUUUGUAGUUUAUUUUUUGUACACAAAUUUAUGUGAACUGUCCGUUUAUAUGCAUGGAUGUUGUUCUUAUUUGCAAAAUGCUCAGUUUGUAAUCAGAAUGUCGUUGUUUGGAGGUGUUCGUUGUUAAGAAUCAAUAGUAAAUUUAAUUCAAAAUUACGAACGCACCUGAAUUUACAGUCCGUUGUAAGAAGGUUUCCUUUGUCAUAAUUUCAGUAUUAAGUCACGUGGCUUUUUCAUGUCAUAUACGUCUGGCCUUGUAAUAAUUAUUACUGAUUAUACACGUAAAACGCACAAGUUGUUACAGGUCUGCAAACAAGUUGUUACAAAUCUGUUCACAAGCUGUCGACAAGUUCGCACUGCUUAAUUGUUCCCAGUUGUUGUAACAAGUUUGGAACAAACUGUUAACAACUUGUAACAAGCUUGAUGGCAUUAUCGGAUUUGUUACAAGGUUGUUCUAACAAGUCUAAUACAGUCAUGAUGAACAAGAAUAUUACAAGGUUGACGACACAAGGUUGUAACAAUACUGCUAUAUCAUGACUGUAUCGGACAUGUUGGAACAACCUUGUAACAAGCCUGAUAAUAUCAACAAGGUUGUUACACAUUGUUUACAGCUUGUUCCAAACUUGUUGACAACUUGUGACAAGCAGUGCGAAGACAACUUGUUGACGGCUUGUUGACAAACUUGUUACAAGAUGCGAGAUUUUUGCGUGUGUAGGUCUAGGAACUCUUUCGUCAUGAAUUUCGCAAAGUUUCUCGACGAUUUUAAAUUUGUUUGCGAACGUUAUCGGGUUUUCUUUCACACGAAGUUGUACCGACCAACGGGUCAAAGUAGUUUAAAAAUCAGUAACAUCUUUUGAAAUACGAAUGAUAAAACGUUCGUUUUUCAAUUGGAAAUGAAUAGACUGUACUGUGCAUAUAUAUGAAGUGAUUAUGAAUAAGACAUACUAGACAUUUGUAGCUAUAUAUAGUAAAUAUUUCACACAAUGUGAGUAGUAUUCAGAUAAUUGGUAAGACAUUUUUCCCCCCUUUUUUAUAGGAAAACAUUACAAAGACGACCAAACGUAAGUUAAUAACAAACGCGAAUAUUAGUUGUUUUUGCACAUUACAUGCAGAUUUUACAGCACUUAUAACUGAACACAACAACAUAGGGUGUAACAUCAUUAAAUUUUACUCAAAGUCAAGGCCUGGAAAGACUGGAAACAUAGGCGGCGGAACGGGGGUAGCUGGGGAGCCCUGGGAACGAGGUUGGGGAAGGGGUUAUAGCCGGAUAAGAUUCCAAAUUUUGUAGUUUAUAUCUAGAAAUUGGGCAAAGUUGACGAAAAAUGAAGAACUGGUCAGCGAUUUCUUAAAAACUCCAUUUUUUUAUGUAUUUCAUUUCCACACCCUCCCCCACCCAACCCGUUGACACAUAUUUCGGAAAAUGAUGGCCACCAAAUUUUGAGUAUAAGCUACUCAGGGGCAAUGCUUCACCGAAAAGGACAAAUUAAGGAAAGGGACAUUUCAACUAUGGGUCAGUUUAAACUUAUUCUCAAUAGCUACUUUCACAUUUAAUAAAAGUACUAUAAUUAGAUAUUAGUUGUUUUUUUUCUUCUGUGAAUAGUAUUAUUAGGAUCUGAUUUAGUAUUUUUGCACAAGUGAAUAUAACAAAUCCUACAUGUUGAUUGGUCAAAUUUGACGUAUUUUAAAAGCAGCUGUUAUACAAAACUGAAAUUUGCAAAAUGGCGGCUAGCUGCUUUGUGGAAGUUACUGAUAAAGAAAUAAGCAAAAUUAAAAUAAAUUCAGUCCCAAAAACACAAAAGACUUGUGUAAAAAUACUAAAACAAUUAUUCGCCGAAAGCUCGGUAGCCUGCGUGCAGUCCCAGACUCCAAAGUCCUACUUCCUUUGGAGUUUGGGACUGCACGCAGGCUACAAACUCGGUGAUUAUCGGGGAAUAUUCACCUGACUUUGUCUCGGUGAAGAUUCCCCGAUAAUCACCUUGCCUUCGGCGAAUAAUUGUUAAAUAUUUUUGUCUGUCAGUGACAUUACGUAUAAUUUACAAUAUAUCAUGUUUGAAAGUAAUAAUAAUAAUAGGGUAUGGCGUAGACUAUUUGUUAUAAUCCUGUGCAUGUAUUUUUAUUUUGUAUAAAUUAUUAUAUCUCAUCCUUUCUGGAAUAUACUACAGGCAAAAUUCAGUUGACCAUGUGGCUGGACCAGUCAAUGGUGAUGUCUACACCGUAGUUAACCCAAGCGCUGAAAAGACGAAAAAUGGAAAGGUAGGAUAUGAUGUCAUAAAUUUCAUUGUGAUAUAGCUAGAGUGAACACCAGACGUGAUUCAGGUAAAUUCUUAUAGUCAAUCUGAGGAUGUUUUAUAUGUUGAUAUAUGGACUAUUAAUUUGGGCUAGACUAAAAUGUAUUCGAAAAAUUGUUUGACAAAGUGUGCAAAGUUGGGAUUGGCUGUCUUACUUUGUAAAUAUUACUAGUUAAGUUUGUAUAUAUGUUAUCAUAAACAUAGCCACCAACGGAACAUGACAGCAAUGAAUGCAAAUAUACUUUUUAUUGCAUGAGACAGUAGCGAAUAAAGCAAGAUAAUUAUGUCAACAUUCAUGUCCAUGGAGUUCUGGCUCGUGACGGUAAAUAUGACAUCUUCCGGAUUCGAUUUUAUAAACUAGGGUGACAAUAAUGAUUUGGUUUAUACUGAGAUGUUACAUAUGAAGUCUGGAAAAAGUGUAAACGAACAUCCUGCAGAGACAGAUCAAACAGAGUAUGCCGAUAUUACCCACAUUCUUAGAGCUGAUGAAACCACGUAUGACAAUGUUACACCUGAGAAUGAUGAAAAAGAAGCAUAUGCAAACGUUGUUGCGCUGCAGUAAUUAUUUUGUAAGUUAAUUCUUAAAUAUUAAGAGCGUACAACGCUUGUACCAUAUAUAUUCAGUUUGAUGCUGAUGCAUGAGAAGCAUCAAUAGUUCAACAUGUUGAAAAGUAAAACUAAAAAUAUAUCUGAUUUUAUUGAAGAACAACAAUAUUUAUACAUACAUAUAUAGCUUGAAUAACGUGAUUGCUUUGGAACAAUGACAUUUUGGUCGUUUGUAAUUUAAUUCCAUAUUUUAUCUCGUAAAGUGCUUUCUUCAGUAUUUACUUAUUUUGGACGGUUUUUAAAAAAUUCUGUCUUAUCCAAAUUUUCCAUUUUUUGUGUACAUAAUUAUUUGCACAUGUCAAUAACAGUAAAGAGC